AUGAAGUCUGCCGUAGUGUUCAACGUGCUCGGCGCCUUUUUCCUGGGGGCAUUCGGUCUCGGCCCCAAGAUCGACGAAUAUGGCACACUCAUCGCUCCCAGCGGUGGCAAGUACACCUCGUUCAUCCCAUCAUGGGAAAUAGAAGUCACACCGGGCGAGACGGCCAUCCUCAACGGCACCAUCCAAGAGGUCAAGGCCCAGCUUCUCGAGCUCAACCCAAGGUGGGAAACCGAGGUCGGCCACAAGCUGGACCGCAGAAUCAUCGCGGACUACCCCGAAUGCCGGAAGAACGGCGCCUUCAAAUUCGGCGACGACGUUCACUGCGGCCGUUGGAAGGACGCCGGCAUUGACUGGCAUGACACGCUCUGGCAUGCCGAGGUGCACCUCUGGGGCUGGCCUGGAAAGCCCAAGAAUGGCGCGGGCCCCGGCAACUGCGGCCGUGUGAGUUGCGAGAACAAUAUCGGCGUCUGGUGGUGCAACGAUGAGCCUCACCCCAAGGAGCUGGGCAGCUUUGACUGGAUCGCAGAUGGUAUUUGCAUUGUCCUGAAGCACGAGUUGUGCUAUAGAGUGGGAUCGGCCCAAAUCUUCAACAAGGAUAACUGGAACGUCAUCAUCUCAGGAGACGAAGGACUGCAGUGUUAG